GCCGAUUUAACUAGGGACUUCUUCAUGGAAAAAAACAUACACGAGAUCGUUGUCUUUGCUUGCUGGAAGUAUGUUGAUAGGUUGACCAUUUCCCGAGCAUUGAUGUCUCUCGAUACGAAAGUUGCAUACCUUCCAAUUUCCAAGGAUCUCCCCAUGAAGAGCAUCCUUGCAGUGAAUUACUACAGGAUUGGCGUUGUUCUUGACCUGGAUUGUCCUCGAAGUGAAAUUGUCCUUAAGCAGUUUUCAGAAGCGAAGCUGCCUUACAAUGAAUCCUACUUUUGGCUCUUCGUCACUAAUGAUUCAACACCUCCGGUACAAUGUCUGGAGAAACUCCCAUUGACCAUUGCAACAGAACUGACGGUGGCAACUCGAAAUUAUAAUUCAUACAUUCUCCAUGAUGUCUACAAUCCGAGUUAUAGACACGGUGGCCAACUAAAUGUUACAAAAAUGGGUUAUUGGAGUCCCUCUCGCGGUUUAACCGUUGAACUAACUCAAUACAAAUAUAAGCGACGUGGUAACUUACAUGGAAUGUAUAUAAACUUUUCAAUUGCGUUGGCGUACCCUCCUGUACCAGAUUUAAUGACGUACCUCACUAUACCUACCAAUCCUCAUUUGGAUACUAUGCAUCGUUUCCACUUCAACCUGAUCUUGCAGCUGAGGGACUACUACAACUUCACCAUGAACUUGAUGAGAGCAUCGACGUGGGGGUACAAGGUGAACGGGACUUUUAAUGGCAUUCUUAAAGAUAUGGUAGAUGGUAUUGUCGAUGUAGGAGCAACUCCAUUCAUGUUCAAGAUAGAAAGGAUAGACGUCGCAGAGUACACUGUUCAGGCUUGGGUAGCUCGCGGUUCCUUCUUUUUCCGACAUCCCCAAAGGAGUGAAGAUGGUGUCGGGUUUCUAAAACCCUUUAAAUCAGAAGUAUGGUGGUUCAUUUUAGGAGUCGGACUUAUUUAUUGGCUAUUUUUAUUAUUAACAGUUCGUCUGGAACUGCACUUAACAGAAAGAAAAUUGGAAUGCACUUUGGAUUCUCACCCAGCGUCCGAGUCGUGGCUCAUUACGACUGCUGCGAUAACGCAACAAGGUCUGAGUGACGGUCCUCGAUUUUAUUCCGGCCGUAUCGUUUUUAUCUUCCUCUUCCUUUGGGGUCUUUUGCUUUUCCAAUUUUAUUCCGCAAGCGUGGUUGGUUCGCUUCUUGCUGAAGCGCCACGUUUCAUUGUUACUCUGCAGGAUCUUUCUGAUAGUAGUCUCCAACUUGGUGUCGAGGACAUCGGCUACAACUAUGAUUUCUUUCGAACAACAACUGAUCCGGUAGCUUUAGAAAUUUAUCACAAAAAAAUAGAAGCAAAUAAGAAGAGGAAGAAUAAUGCCUUUUACACGAUAAAUGAGGGACUUCGCAAAGUUCAAGAGGGCGGUUUUGCGUUUCAUGCCGAUACAGCAUCGGCUUAUAAAAUUAUAGAGGCCACUUUUUCGGAACAAGAAAUAUGCGAAUUGUCAGAAAUCCCAUUAUUUCCGAUUCAACAUACUGCGACCCUUACCAGCAAGCAUUCGCCAUUUAAGAAAAUGGUUACAUACGGAAUGAGACAAAUAGUCGAACGCGGAAUGUCAAAUCGUUUAAGGAGACAUUGGUACCACAGAAAACCAGAAUGUCCGGAAAGUCAUAGUUCCACCCCUGUCCCGGUACCUUUGGAAGAGUUCAGUCCAGCAAUAAUAUUUUUGCUCAUAGGAACAAUAUUGGCAUUGGCAAUUAUGUUUGCCGAGAGUCAAAUUGAACGUCAAAAGGUUACCAAGAAUGAAACAGCGGACAGAAAUACAAUGUGCUAUCUAACACAUUUAGGCCCAUGGAGGAUCGCAGGGUAUUUGGAGUAUUAAGUGGCUGAUGGCAAUGUUGAAUGGGCAAUUAAAAUGGAGAGUCAAGUGGACAAAAAUGAGCAUUUUCGACACUUUCUUUUGAUGGAGUUUAAUCGCGGCUCAAAUGCUUCCAAAGUGGCUCGUGAAAUUUGCGCUAUAUACGGAGAAGAAGCUAUGAC